AUGCGUUUCAUUCCUGUUCUCGCGACUGCCCUGCUCGCCGCCAGCAAUGUGGUGGGAGCUUCGCCCGCAGGCGCAUCGGCUUCUAGCGCGCCUGCUGUGAACAACGUGGAGACCGAUACUGCUUCGGCCAACACCGCCCAGGUGAAUGCCCCUCAGGCUGCUGCUACGUCUCAGGCCAGCACCGCCAACACCAAUAAUGUCAAUGGCGAGGAGCAGGAUACUGCCUCGGCUAAUGAUGCACCCGCCAGCACCGCCAAUGCCAACACUGUAACUGUGAACACCGAUGGUGCGGUCAACACUGCUUCUGCUGCUGCUGCUGCGGCGGACACCGCAACCGCCAACACGGCCAACUCCAAUGGUCUUCUGAGUGAUAUUCUUGGUGGUGGUUCUUCCACGGCUGACACCAACUCUGCCAGCUCCGGUGGUGCUUCCAGCACGACCGAUGCUGCUGAGACCGGCUCGAGCCAGACUGCCGAGGCCUCUCCUUCAGCUACUGCUAGCAGCUCCGACUCCAAUGAUUCUUCUAGCUCCGGUUCGAUCACCGGCGACAUCGAGUCGACCCUGAAAAACCUUCUCGGUGGCUCUUCCGGCGGCCCUCUUAGCGGCCUCGAGUCGAUCGGAAGUGAUCUCGAGAACCUGCUCAAGGGCCUUGGCGGUUUGCUGAACCCCAACCUGCUCAGUGAGAUCGAGGACACUUUCAAGUAUCUCUCCACUAGCUUGGCUCCCCCGGUCGACACCAACAUUCGUGUUCUCCUCAGCGAUUCCAACACUGCUAACAUUGCGAACCUUUUGACCAAUGCCAACAAGCUGUUGACCGCCCAGAACACCGCUACCUUGAGCAACAUCCUGUCCAAGGCUGACACUCUCCUGUCUGAGAAGAACCUGAACGGCAUCCAGGCCCUGCUUGACAACGUCGACAAGAUCAACGACCUGGUUGUGAAGGCUGACGGUCUUCUUGCUGACAAGAACGUCCAAAACAUUGAGAGCCUCGUUGACAACGGUGCAGCUCUCCUGACUCCAUCCUUUACUGCGAAGACCACCGCUCUCAUCGACGCUGCCGGCAAACUCUUGACCGACUCGACCGUGACCGCCUUGCAGUCGCUCCUGAAAUCGGUGGUUCCUCUGAUUCCCGACCUUGAGUCUCUCUUGACUAAGGCUACCAUCGACGACAUCAAGACUCUUCUCACGAACGCUAACUCGCUGCUUUCCGAGUCUACUGUCAACGCGCUCAAGACGCUUCUCAACGCCAUCGUUCCUCUGAUGCCCGAGCUCAAGGGCUUCCUCACCAAGGAUACCUUCGACGAGCUUUCAGGUCUGCUCAAGAACGGCAACGCGCUGCUUACGCCCUCGUUCGUGACCAAGACCCAGUCGCUGAUCAAUGCGGCCGGUUCCUUGUUGACUCAGUCGACCGUGAACGCCUUGGAAUCGCUCCUAAACGCGCUGGUUCCUCUGCUGCCCGACCUCAAGUCUCUCUUGACCACGGGUACUAUCAACGACAUCAAGACUCUUCUCACGAACGCCAACUCGCUGCUUUCCGAGUCUACUGUCAACGCGCUCAAGACGCUUCUCAACGCCAUCGUUCCUCUGAUGCCCGAGCUCAAGGGCUUCCUCACCAAGGAUACCUUCGACGAGCUUUCGGGUCUGCUCAAGAACGGCAACGCGCUGCUUACACCCUCGUUCGUGACCAAGACCCAGUCGCUGAUCAAUGCGGCCGGUUCCUUAUUGACCCAGUCGACCGUGAACGCCUUGGAAUCGCUCCUAAACGCGCUGGUUCCUCUGCUGCCCGACCUCAAGUCUCUCUUGACCAAGGCGACUAUCGACGACAUCAAGACUCUUCUCACGAACGCCAACUCGCUGCUUUCCGAGUCUACUGUCAACGCGCUCAAGACUCUUCUCAACGCCCUCGUUCCUCUGAUGCCCGAGCUCAAGGGCUUCCUGACCAAGGAGACUUUCGACGAGCUGUCCAACCUGCUGACUCAGGGCAGCAGCUUGUUGAGCGACUCUUUCGUCAGCGAGACCAAGGGUCUUGUCGCUGGCGCUUCGGGCCUGCUUACUACGUCGACCGUCGACAGCCUCAAGAAGCUUCUCUCGGCUCUGACUCCUCUGAUGCCCGAGCUGACCGGAUUCCUGAAGCCCGCGACCUUCGACGAGCUGGAGACCCUCCUGUCUUCCGGCGCCUCGCUCCUGACCCCCGAGUUCGCCAACCAGACCAAGAGCCUCGUGGCCAACGCCGACGAGCUCCUGACCCCCGACCUCGUCACUGGUCUCAAGAGCAUCCUCAGCCAGGUCACGCCCCUGCUCCCGGAGAUCAAGAAGCUGCUCACACCGACCACAAUCGACGCUAUCGGCUCCCUGCUCUCCAACGCCAACGACCUUCUUACUCCCAACUUCGUCAACGAGACUCGCUCUCUCAUCGAUGGCGCUGGCGACCUCCUCACCCCCUACGUCAUCGGUGGCCUCGCAGAGCUCCUCACCGGCCUCGUCCCCGUCGUCCCAGACAUCAAGAGCGAGUUCCUCAACUCGACAACUCUGCACAACCUGGGCUACCUCCUGGGCAACGGCACCGACCUCCUCACCCCCAAGUUCGUGGGCGAGACCUCAGACCUCAUCGACGAAGCGGGCUCCCUCCUCGACGCAAAGACGGUCGGCUACCUCAAGACCAUCCUGGGCAACGUCGACAAGUCGAUGCCGCAGAUCGAGUCGCUCUUGGAGCCCGACUCGAUCACGGGUAUCACGACGCUGUUGCACAACGCCGAGGACCUGUUGUCAGCCAAGUUCGUUAAUGAGACGCAGACCCUUAUCGGCGAUGUUAGUGGCUUCUUGCCGCUGAUUGAGGCAUUGCUUAACAGUCUAUGA